GUGGCCAGGAUCCCAAACUGGCACAGCGUGUCCUGCGUUGUUGGUGGCGGCGAGCACUGGGCGUGUGAAGCCCCUGUUCGUGGCCAGCAGCGCGCCCAGGCUCGGCUCCCGAGGACGCCCGCCGGCCACCAUGGGCGCCCGAGUUCAGCCAGAUCGCAAACAGUUGCCGCUGGUCCUACUGAGACUGCUCUGCCUUCUCCCCACAGGACUGCCUGUCCGCAGCGUGGAUUUUAACCGAGGCACCGACAACAUCACCGUGAGGCAGGGAGACACAGCCAUCCUCAGGUGUGUUGUAGAAGACAAGAACUCAAAGGUGGCCUGGUUGAACCGCUCUGGCAUCAUUUUCGCUGGACAUGACAAGUGGUCUCUGGAUCCCCGGGUUGAGCUGGAGAAGCGCCAUUCUCUGGAAUACAGCCUCCGAAUCCAGAAGGUGGAUGUCUAUGAUGAGGGUUCCUAUACUUGCUCCGUACAGACACAGCAUGAGCCCAAGACCUCCCAAGUUUACUUGAUUGUGCAAGUUCCACCAAAGAUCUCCAAUAUCUCCUCGGAUGUCACUGUGAAUGAGGGUAGCAACGUGACUCUGGUUUGCAUGGCCAAUGGACGCCCUGAGCCUGUUAUUACCUGGAGACACCUUACACCAACUGGUAAGCAACCUUCAGCUUCGCAGGAUGCCCUCUGGUGGUAUCUCUGGGCUCUGAAAUCUCACUGCUUAGAAGAAAAAUUAGACUUUGUAUUGAUAAAACACUAA